CCUGGACCCAGAAUCAUGGAAUUGAGAAAGCCUUCUUGGACCAAAAGGGACCUGCUACAGUCAACGUCCAUGGAUCCGUUCAUAUCAAACUUGUCAGGAAAGAAUAUUCAGCAGAUGGCUUCCAAUUUUCUUCCUUACUAUUCCACAUUAAUCAGUAAAGCAGGAAGCAUCCUUUCUGAGGAAACUCUCACCAGCAUUCAAAAAGCCCUUCAGGGGGGAAAGAUGGAAGAUUUAGUUGGCAUAAUUCAGAAAUCACUCGAAUUAGCAGAGAAUGCUUCCCUGGAUGUGGCUGUGAUUGGGGAGUCUGGGACUGGGAAGUCCAGUUUCAUCAAUGCCCUGCGAGGACUUAGUCCUGAAGAGGAGGGUUCCGCUAGUGUGGGUGCUGUGGAGACCACUCUGAAGAAAACUCCCUAUAAGCAUCCAAAAUAUUCAAACGUGACCUUCUGGGACCUUCCUGGAACUGGGACCCCUAAUUUUUUUCCAGAAACAUAUUUAGAAAAGGUAGAAUUUGCUAACUAUGACUUCUUCAUCAUCAUUUCUUCCUCACGGUUCAAGUUAAAUGAAGCUGUGCUGGCCCAGAAAAUCAAGGAGAAAGGGAAGAAUUUCUACCUUGUUAGGAGCAAAGUAGACAGUGAUUUAUACAAUGAAGAGAAAAGCAGACCGAGGUCCUUCAAAAAGGACAGAGUCCUCCACCAUAUUCGAGACAACUGCCUGGAAAACCUCAGUGACAUCGGAGUGUCUGAGCCCCACAUCUUCUUGAUCUCCAACUUUGACCGAACUGACUUUGAUUUUCCAAGCCUGGAGGAGACUCUGCUAAAGGAGCUCCCUGCACACAAGCGUCACACCUUUGCCCUCCUGCUGCCCGGUCUGUCUGAAGCUGCCAUUGAGCUGAAGAGAGAUUUCAUUAAGGAGAAGAUCUGGCUGGAAGCCCUGAAGUCUGCAGCUUUGGCCUUAUUCUCCUUCAUGCCCAUGAUCAGUGGCUUUGAUUUACCAGAGCAGGAGAAGUGCUUGCGCCUUUACCAAAGCUAUUUUGGUCUGGAUGAUAAAUCACUCAAUGAGAUUGCUGAGAACCUGGGCAUAUCUGUGCAGGACAUCAAGAGCUCCAUGAAGUCCUUGAAUUUUUGGUUACUUGUGAAGGAUGACAGCAUAGCAGCAAAUGCCCUGCAAUGUGUUGAAUCCUACUGCUCCAAGAGUGGAGGCAUCCCAUCUACUGUCUUCCAGUUGUUUAAAACCUACUUUAUACAAUUGAAAUUCCUCAAUGCAGUGGCUGAUGAUGCUAAACUUCUCUUGCAGAAAACUUUGGAGUGCUGCAGUGGGAGAGAAUGAGGUGAAUGUGGUGUCACAUCCAAGUGAAGAACAAAUAGAUCUCCAGGUCCUGUGUUUUCUGUGGGUG